AUGGACAUUGAGCGCCGUGCAGCGCAGCUUGGCAGGGUAGCAAGUCCCAUCCCAGGGGAUGGUUGGUGCCUGCUGCAUGCUGUGGCUUGGUAUACCAAACUGACGAGCAAUUCCUGGAAUGUCGAAAUGGCAGCAGGAACAUAUUUGCUAGCCUUGGAAUGGUUGACAGGGCAAUUGACUGGUCCGCGGGCGGAAGCCAUCGCGUUCGCUUGCAUGCCCGAACGCGUGGCCGAACUGGAGUUGCAUCGGGAGUUUUUGCAACGUCGUGGCAUUGUCGUCACCCCCGACAUGCCGCAAUGCCAAAUAGUUUUAUGGAGCAAGAUUAUGGCCGUUGCUGGCAAGCCAAGGAUGCUAGAUUCAUACCACCACGGAACCAGUGUGGAACUUUGGGCUUUGUCCAACCUGUAUGGUUUCGACGCGCUGAUUUGGAGCACGCAACCAAACCAGAACCUUUGGAUCCGUGCAUCGACGUUGGAACACGUGGAUGAUGCCCAAGCGCAGGAACUGGUAGAAGCACAGCCCGAGAUGUUGCAAGUGAUCCACCAGCAAAUGGGGCACACCGGGCACUAUGGGCUUUUGCGGACAGAACGCAAAAGAUGUAUCAUGCCCGGCGCCGAGGCAUGCGACAGUGGACGUGUUUGGAUUGCGCCAACACGUGUUCAUCGUGUCAUGCGCCGUUGGCCAGAACGGCUAAUCGGGGCACAUGGUGUGCAGAGUGCGCAUACCCGCCGUGCGACGGUUGUGGGAGGGUGCGUCCUAAGGAACGCCGAUACCAUGCCAAACACACGCCUGCCUGGAAGUGCCCGGCCUGCAGUGGAAAGCAGUGCGGAAAGUGCGGGCAAAGUCUGGGCGCAAAAGUUCGGGUUGGAGCUUGGUGUCCUACGUGCGCGUUCCCACCCUGCGCUGCCGGGUGUGGCAAACCACGUGCUUCGCGUCGGCCACAGUACCACGCCAAGCGCAUGCCAGAGUGGUUCUGCCCAGACUGCAACUACCAAAAGGCACCUGACUGUGAAUAGGACCAAUACCGAAAGUGCCAAGCGACCUUUGGAAGCGGCGCUGUUGGGUGACGGAGGCCCCAAAGAGGCUGCCUUAAAUUUAAAGCAGCCUUCACAGAGCGUUGCGCAGCGUCGCUCAGUGCCAGAUCCGCUAGCCGUCGCAGAGCGACAAGCCGCUGUGGCAAGGCAACCCGCAGGGGUGAACAACGCAAGCGCGCAGAGGACACGCCAACCCACGACAACGCAAGCGCACAGAGGUAUGGCAUGGGUAGGUAUGGAAUGGGUGGGUUGGGGUAGGUCAGUGGUGGUUUGUGCUUUGGGGUAUCCCCAGUCCUCAGCAAUCAAAGUAGAUUGUUCCCCGCCAUUGCCCAUGAUGCUCUUCACCACCCUCCUGUUGAGCGCCUUUGCCGCUGGCUACCAUUUGCCUGAGCCUCCCAAUUGCAGUGAAGAAGAACUCAUGAACGGCUACAAUCACACUCUUCGUGGCGGGUGGAUGGACCUCAGUAUGUAUACCAGAUGGCCACGCGACCUCAACCAUCACCAGGACCCUAGAAUCAACUUCGCUUCAGCGGCAGGCAUUUGCACGGAAAAAAAUCUGGCCAAUGCAUCAGGAAAUGAAUCACUCUUCUGUAUCAGCACCCCGCUUCCUUUCUUCAGCCAGUGCCUCCGUGUCAAGAAAUCGAUCCCUUUGAACGUGACCAAUGUGACCAAUGUUCUUUCGUCCUGCCACGACUUUGAAUCCAUUGGAACGGACGUCCUGAACGAGGCGAAGUUUCCUUUCGAGAGUCGCUUCUGCCACAAGUCCCUGCAUGGUGACCUCACGAGGCUCCUUUUAGUGGGCACUCGUCAAGGUGCGGAGCGAUGGAUUGUGGAGACUUGCCAUUGGAUGAAAGCAAGGAUGUGCCACAACCCUGAGAUGAUGAUCUUUCGGAAUUUCGUACCGGGACCAGGAUACUAG